AUGUCCGUCUCUUCAUCGUCAUUAUCGCCGCCUCCCCCUCCGCCUCCCCCUCCUCCCGAGGAUCUUCAGUCGAAGAUCUCGCCGUUUGUGUUGAAGAUGAGAAGCGCCCCCCCCCAGACUGGGCUCUACUUCUUUUAUGGAACACUGAUGGACCCGAAGAUACUGGCCGACAUUCUCGAUCUCGACCACGAGCCAAAACUCCGGCCUGCGAAAGUGGUAGGGUAUGCCUGCAAGCUCUGGGGUCAAUACCCGGCUAUGGUGGAUGGUCCACAGGAUGCGACUGUCGAGGGUGCUGUGUAUAAUGUGCAAACAGUGAAAGAUGGAGAGAAAUUGGCAGCAUACGAGACGAACCAUUACCAAACCAAAGCCUGCCUGAUCGAGUACAUGGAUAGCCAAGAGCCAGUCGAUGAUCUGGGACACACGUUCAUGUUCGUUGGCGAUUCUCGCGACCUCACCGAGGGCACUUUUAAUCUCCAGACUUGGCUCGAGAGAAUGGGAAGGCAGAAGAAUACUAAGCAUUAG